GAUAAUUUUAUCUUUACUUCAUGCAUGGAAUGUAUGAGAGUUAAUCCUCAGCGCCCUCAUAAGAAUACUCCGGCUAGCUCGUUGGAGCAGGAUUCACCGAAAAAUAAUGAAGCCAUAAAGACGCCCUUGCAUAGAGAGGAAAGAAUACGUCGUCCUCCGAAUUCUUUCCUUCUUUAUAGGCAAGCAAAACAAUCCGAGAUAACAAGUAUUCAUGGUAAUAUGUCAAAUGCAGAGAUAUCCAAAAUGCUUUCAAACAAAUGGCAAAAUGAAUCAGAUGAAAUAAAACUUUAUUGGCAAAAG